AUGUCAGGCAGGCUGAAGGUUCUGGUUGCGUGGGGGGCGGACAGGACAGGUGCCAGCUCUGUCUCUAGCUGUAACUCUGAGGUGCCAAAGGCCACCACAGGCCCACUGGCCUCACCCCCGCAGUCCCACUGGCCCCUCUCACCCCGACCAGGGGCUCUCCUCUUCACCAGCCCACAGGCCAAGCUCUUCAGUUCAGCCCUACUGCUCAACACGCAGGACAGGACACAGACAGACAGCAUGGAUAUGUCUGCCCCUCUUCUCAGCAACUAUGGUGUUGGUGUUCAGUACCACUGGAGUUAUCCCAGUUCGGACUCUGAGUUUUAUAACGUCUCCUCUCCAGAGACCUGCAUCCUCUCCCCUUCUGCCUACAUGGACUUCUCAUCCUCCUGCCUGCCUCGGGGGACCGCCACAGAACCUCACAGGUCCACACACUCUGGAGGAGCCAAGGCAUCCGCUUCCCCAUCCUCCAGCGACGAGGGAGGACCCUCCGGAGGGAGGAUUAGAAAGAACCGCUCCAAGAACCCCAGCAAGCAGAGACAGAGUGCCAGCGAGAAGGAGAAGCUGAGGAUGAGAGACCUGACCAAAGCCCUCAACCACCUCAGGACCUACCUGCCCCCGUCUGUGGCUCCGGCUGGACAGACUCUGACCAAGAUCGAGACGCUGCGCCUCACCAUCGGCUACAUCUCCCACCUGUCGGCCCAGCUAGAGCUCAGCGAGGAGGCUGUGUGUCAGAGGAAAGAGCUGAACCUCACCGUGUCAGGACACCACGUAUCGCCUCAACAAGACUCUGUGGGCCUGUGCCAGUUCAACAACUCCUCCUCAGGGUACUGCUGGGCUACGCCCACGUACCCGCUCCACAACACUGGGAUGGAGAGGCACCCACUCAGCAGUGAGAUGGACACGUGUGCUUACGACAACAGCUUCAACUCCAGUAUGGAUUCGCUGUUGGAAUCGCCAGAGUAUGCAGAGGCUGCACAGUCAUGUCAGAUAUACAGAAAAGAUGUCCACUAUCAGAACAUUCCUCAAGACUUCUGGAUGUAA